AUGGCUUCGCGAGAAUACGACCCCGAGAUCAAGGACAUUGCCGACUAUGUCGCCAACAAGCCCAUCGACUCUGAGCUCGCGUUCGACACGGCGCGAUGGAUCCUCCUCGACACGCUCGGCUGCGGCCUCGAGGGCCUGAGGUUCAAGGAGUGCGCCAAGCUCCUCGGCCCUGUCGUCCCCGGCACCGUCGUCCCCAACGGCACAAGGGUGCCCGGCACCCCCUUCGUGCUGGACCCGGUCAACGGCGCCUUCAACAUCGGCGCCAUGAUCCGCUGGCUCGACUUCAACGACUGCUGGCUCGCCGCUGAGUGGGGCCAUCCCUCGGACAACCUCGGCGCCAUCCUCGCCGUCGCCGACUGGGUCAACCGCACCAACAAGGCCGGCGGCAACCUGGCCGGCGGCAAGCUCUUCACCGUCAAGGACGUCCUCGAGGCCAUGAUCAAGGCGCACGAGAUCCAGGGCUGCCUGGCCCUGCUCAACUCGUUCAACAGGGUCGGCCUCGACCACGUCGUCCUUGUAAAAGUCGCCAGCACCGCUGUCGUCUCCAAGAUGCUCGGCCUCGGCGAGAGGCAAAUCGCAGACGCCGUCACCCAGGCCUGGGUCGACGGACAGAGCCUGCGCACCUACCGCCACACCCCAAACACAAUGUCCCGCAAGUCGUGGGCCGCCGGCGAUGCCUGCCAGCGCGCCGUCAACCUGACCCUCAAGGUCAUGAAGGGCGAGCAGGGCGUCCCCACCGUCUUAUCCGCGCCCGUCUGGGGCUUCUACGACGUCCUCUUCAAGGGCAACAAGUUUGAGUUUCAGCGUCCCUACGGCAGCUACGUCAUGGAGAAUGUCCUCUUCAAGGUCUCCUACCCUGCCGAGUUCCACUCGCAGACGGCCGUCGAGGCCUCGGAAAAGAUUCACCACCAGCUCAAGGCCAUGGGCAAGUCGGCCGCGGACAUCAAGGCCGUCACCUGCCGCACCCACGAGGCCUGCGUCCGCAUCAUCGACAAGCAGUUCAAGCCCAUGGACAACUUUGCCGAUCGCGACCACUGCAUCCAGUACAUGUGCUCCGUCAUGCUCGUCUUCGGCCGCCUCGAGGCCACCGACUACACCGACGGCGGCGAGGCUGCCACCUCUGAGCUCGUCGAGUCCCUGCGCAAGAAGAUCAAGUGCGUCGAAGACCCGCAGUACACCAAGGACUACCACGACCCCAAGCUCCGGACCAUCUCCAACGCCCUGACCGUCGAGCUCAACGACGGCACCGUCCUGGACGAGGUGGCCGUUGAGGCGCCCCUAGGCCACCGUCUGCGCCGCGACGAGGCCAAGCCCGUCAUCCUGGCCAAGUACAAGCGUCACCUGGGCCCGCACCUGGCCGAGAGUAGGGUCAAGGAGCUCGUCGAGCUCAGCCAGAACAGCAAGAAGCUCGACUCCAUGUCCGUGGACGAGUACGUCGACUUGUACACGGUCAAGCAGAGCAAGUUUCUGUAA